CGGGUGCGCGAAUGCUGCGACGCAAUCGCGCGAGAGUCGUCUUCCGAGGUUCGGUGUGGUAAGACGUGAUUCGUAGAAGUGAAUACAAAAUGAGGGAAAUCGUCCAUCUUCAAGCAGGCCAGUGCGGCAACCAGAUCGGUUCGAAGUUUUGGGAGAUCAUUUCCGACGAGCACGGCAUCGACCCUCAUGGAAAAUACGUCGGCACCAACGACUUGCAACUCGAACGCAUCAGCGUCUACUACAACGAAGCCAGCAGCCAUAAAUAUGUGCCCCGAGCGGUUCUGGUCGACCUGGAACCCGGUACCAUGGAUUCCAUUCGCAGUGGUCCUAUCGGCCAAAUCUUCAGGCCCGAUAAUUUCGUAUUCGGUCAGAGCGGGGCCGGCAACAACUGGGCCAAGGGCCAUUACACGGAGGGUGCGGAAUUGGUCGAUGCAGUUUUGGACGUCGUGAGGAAAGAGUCCGAAGGCUGUGACUGUCUGCAAGGUUUCCAGCUGACUCACUCCUUGGGCGGUGGCACGGGAUCGGGGAUGGGAACGUUGCUUAUCUCAAAAAUCCGGGAAGAGUAUCCGGACCGUAUCAUGAACUCGUUUAGCGUAUUUCCGUCUCCGAAGGUAUCCGACACCGUGGUGGAGCCCUACAACGCCACCCUGUCCGUUCACCAACUCGUGGAGAACACGGAUGAGACCUUCUGUAUCGAUAACGAGGCCUUGUACGAUAUCUGCUUCAGAACGCUAAAACUGACCUCUCCUACAUACGGAGACUUGAAUCAUUUGGUCUCGGUGACGAUGUCAGGUGUUACAACCUGCCUGAGAUUUCCCGGACAGCUGAAUGCGGACUUGCGAAAGCUCGCGGUAAAUAUGGUACCGUUCCCGCGUCUUCACUUCUUCAUGCCCGGAUUCGCCCCACUUACGGCUCGUGGAUGCCAGCAGUACCGUGCGCUAACAGUACCUGAACUCACGCAACAGAUGUUCGACGCGAAAAAUAUGAUGGCAGCGUGCGACCCUCGUCACGGCCGAUACUUGACGGUCGCCGCUAUAUUCCGAGGUCAAAUGUCGAUGAAAGAGGUCGAUGAACAAAUGUUGAACAUACAAAACAAAAAUUCAUCCUACUUUGUGGAAUGGAUACCGAACAAUGUCAAGGUAGCUGUUUGCGAUAUAGCACCUAAAGGACUUAGAAUGUCUUCAACGUUCAUUGGCAACUCGACGGCCAUUCAAGAGAUCUUCAAGCGUAUCAGCGAACAGUUCACGGCAAUGUUUAGGCGUAAAGCUUUCCUUCAUUGGUAUACGGGAGAAGGAAUGGAUGAAAUGGAAUUCACCGAAGCCGAAAGCAACAUGAACGAUCUGGUUUCCGAGUAUCAGCAAUAUCAGGAAGCGACUGCGGACGACGAAGUAUUCGAGGAUGAAGAAGUGGAAGAAGAAGCCGUCGAAUAAAGUUCAUUUG